AUUUUGAGCCAGAAGGGCUUACGGCGGGAUACCGCCUAACCUUCCAAAACCGACUACAGCAACAUUCAGAAUCAGUUCGUGAGUACGUAACGGCAUUGCAGGCCAUUGCUCAGAUGUGCAAUUUCGGUCAAGCCUAUGAAAUGUCUAUGAUUGGGCAAAUGAUUUUUGGAAUACGGCAUAAUGAUACAAGGAAAAAGAUCAUGGCGUCUGGCCUCACGUGGGCUCAGGUUAAGUCCAUCGCUCUGGACGAAGAUACUCAAAGGACCCAAAUGCGGUCUAUAGCUCAAGCACAUCUCCAAGCUCAGAGCCGCAAUGUGAAUGCCGUGAAUGCGCAGCAGGCGCAGAGGGCCCCUCAGCAGCCCAAGCCCCAACCUCAACCGGAGCCCCCCGCCCAAGAUACCCACGCCAACGGAGGGAAUGCCAAAACCUUCGGGCCAUGCAUGCGCUGUGGGAGACUCCACAACGUGAAUAAAUGCCGGGCCAUCCAUUGGACAUGCAAGAUCUGCCAUAAGAAGGGACACAUCGCCAAAGUCUGCCAAUCCAAGAAUUCCCAGGGAAAUAAGCCUCCUGAAGGUGUGAAGCAAGUGAUCGUCACAGGCAACAAUCCACCACCCCCAGCAGACUCUAGUGUGUUAAGUGUUAAUAUCCAGUUACCUAGCCCACAGCCAAAUGUUCUUGUUGUUAAUUCUAAUGCUGCGCAAUCUAGUCCUUCUCUCGUACGGAGAUUGACGGUAGCUACCAAACUGCCAGUUACCUGUGAAAAAGUAGCAGUGGAUACUGCUGCUGAUCCGGUCCUAUCUAUUGUGUUUAAGUAUGUGCACUUGGGUUGGCCACCUAAGGGCGCACUCAAAAACCAUCCUGUAGCUACCAAACUGCCAGUUACUUGUGAAAAAGUAGCAGUGGAUACUGCUGCUGAUCCAGUCUUAUCUAUUGUGUUUAAAGUAAUAAUCCCUACUUGUCUCCGUAAAGAUGUUUUGUUACAAAUACAUGCAGGUCAUCCUGGUAUUGUACGUUCAUUAAUGCUUGCUAGAAGUUAUUGUUGGUGGCCAAAAAUGGAUGAGGACAUUUCAAAUUUGGUGUCUAAUU